AUGCCGACCAAUUUUUUUACAAACCUCUUCGAUUCUAAUAAUCCCUACUUUUCGGCUGGAGUCGGAGUUCUUGGCUUUGGCGCUGGUUUAGCCAUGCUAAGACAGGGUCUGACUAGAGGAGCCAGCUUUGCGCGUCGUCGAUUAAUAGUCUCGUUGGAAAUCCCUUCAAAAGACAAGUCGUACCUGUGGUUCUUGCAAUGGAUGUCUCAACAAUCAUUACGCAGAACUCAUCAAUAUGCCGUUGAGACGUCCUUUAUACAACACGAUAACGGAAGUGUUAGUACUAAUUUUAGCCUCGUCCCAGGUCCCGGAACUCAUUAUUUCAAAUGGCGUGGUGCUUGGAUUCAGGUUCAACGUCAACGAGAUAGCAAAAUGAUGGAUUUGACGACUGGUAGUCCUUGGGAAACUAUUACUUUGACUGCGUUGUAUCGUGAUCGUGAUAUUUUCACCGAAUUGCUUCGAGAAGCACGACAACUUGCUUUAGCAAAACAGGAGGGAAAAACAGUUAUAUAUACAAGUUUUGGCCCUGAAUGGAGGCCGUUUGGGCUUCCGCGAAAACGCAGAAUUUUAGAUUCAGUUAUUCUCGAUAAAGACAUAAAGGAAAAGAUAGUGCGGGAUGUUCGCGAUUUUAUUAAUAAUGGAAAAUGGUAUUAUGAAAUGGGUAUUCCGUAUCGUCGUGGAUAUUUGCUCUAUGGUCCUCCGGGGAGUGGCAAAAGUAGCUUUAUUCAAGCACUUGCAGGAGAAUUGGAGUACAAUAUUUGCUUAUUGAAUUUGAGUGAACGUGGUCUAACUGAUGAUCGAAUGAAUCAUUUAUUAAGCAAUGCACCAGAAAGAAGCAUAAUCUUAUUAGAAGAUAUCGAUGCGGCAUUUACUAAACGAUUGGCACCAAAUCAACAGAGUUAUCAAUCAACCGUAACCUUCAGUGGUUUGCUAAAUGCUUUGGAUGGCGUGGCGUCAGCCGAAGAACGCAUAAUUUUCAUGACUACAAAUCAUGUUGAUCGUCUAGACCGAGCUUUAAUACGUCCUGGGCGUGUUGACAUGAAAGAACAUUUUGGAACCGCGACCGAGCAUCAGAUUCGCUCAAUGUUCCUUCGAUUCUACCAAGGGGAACACGAAUGGGCGGAACAAUUUGUCGAUAAAAUAAAAGGAAGAGGGAUCAGCACUGCACAGUUACAAGGUCAUUUCGUGUUCUACAAGAACGAUGCGAGAGCUGCAGUCGAAAAUGCUGAAUCUGUUUUUCAUACAUGGUGA